GGAAGUGAAAUAUUUGUGUAACAAGUGCUUGUACAGCGUCUGCACUGAGAAACGUCUUUUUUUCAUUUGUGGUUUUGACAUUUCAGUCACUGCGAUAAAGACUUUGAGGAGAACAAACAUAAAUACAACUUUGUGUGUUGUAGCUGAAGACGACACUGGCCAUGUUGUUGGCGGAAGCUGGAUGUGUGUUUAUGGGUUUCAUCCUCUACAGCUCAGGGCUUCCAUUAAAAAGUCGAUGUGUCCUGAAAGGUUCAACAGUGGAUCUACCCUGCUCAGCUGAACGUGCCUCUGUAGCCUACAAAUGGUUCACUAAACAAGACUAUCAUUGGUCUGAAAUCUCUGUAGACAGGAAUCAUCAAAGAUACAAUCUGUCCAAUGAAAUUCAUCCAACCUUAACAAUCAAAGAUCUAAGAGAGAGUGAUAACAAUUAUUAUUGCUGCAGUUAUCACGGUGGUUGUCUGGGGAUUGAGAUUCAGCUCCAUGUUGCAGACCUGCAGGUGAAGGUGGUUCCCUCCGCAGAGGAGCACAUGAUGUCACUGGUGUGUAGCACCAGCUGUGUUCUGACUGAACGUCCUGCAGUUUACGUCUGGUACAGGAACGGAGAGACCGUCUAUGAGGACCGGUCACCCUGGUACCAAGAGCUGGUCAGCAGCGAGAAAGCGGUCACAUACUCGUGUGCUGUCAAAGGCUACGAGCAUCUCAGAGCCCCUGAGGUCUCAGUGGAUUCUGUCACAUCGGCUUGCUUUACUGUGACCUACGCUACAGGCUCCAUCACAUAUCCAAAGAAAGUACGUGUUCAAGCUGAACCGACAUGGAUCGGCCAUUACAUGCUGACCUGUAACAGCAGCUGUUCUCUGAUGGACCAACAAACUGCCUUCAGCCGGUACGAGAAUGGAGUGUCUGAACAAAAGAUCUCGCUAGUUACUCCCACCUCUACUAAAAUAUUCUACUGUGCCGUAAAGAGCAAUGAGUUUCUGCUCUCUGAUGAAUUCUGUUUAGAUGAAAACUACUGUGGGAGAGUUCAUUAUGCCAGCAGGAGGAUCUGUGCUCUGAAGGGUUCUUCAGUUACUAUUCCAAGUGAAUAUUUGAGUCCUGGUGAGCAGAACACUGGAUAUUGGCUUAGGAGCGAUACACGCAACCUGAAGCUUUCACAUCGUAUAAAGUCUCACAGCAACAAGACCCACCACAACCUGAAAAUCAAUACGUUGAAAAAGAAUGACUCGGCAAAAUACGUCUUCAUAGCAGAUAACAAGCGAAGGAACUGGGUGAAUCCACCUGGAGUGACUUUGUUUGUAACAGACGUGAGUGUGCAGUUUGCUCCCUCUGCAGAGGUGACUGAGGGGCAGAGAGUCACAGUUACCUGCAGAACCAGCUGUCCUCUGGCUAAUGACACCAACUACAUUUGGUAUUUCAACAAUCAAACACUGGACGGGACUAAAAGACACAGCAAACACCUGGUUUUAGACCCAGUCAGCAGUCAGCAUGCGGGAAACUACGUCUGUGCAGUGAAAACACAAAAACACAGGUCAGAUGAAGGAGUUCUCACAGUCCACAGAAAAACGUGGAUACCGGCUGUCACCAGAGUCGUUGUUGUUCUCCUGGUUUUGAUUAUACCCACUGUCGUCUUCGUGUGGAGAAAAAAGACGACUUGCAGAAAGUCUCCUGGAGCUAAAACCUCUGACAACGUGGAACAGAUAAGCCUUGGCCAUGAGUAUGAGGGCGUCUAGGCUCCACCACCAGAGCAGGUCGAGCUCGUCUACAGCAAAGUUACGUUUCCAAACUCCACAGACGUCGUCUACUCCACUGUCAAACCACAUUAGCCCCAAGCAUAUAUAGGCUAACAUAUCACCUAUGCCAAUGUCAACUUGUGACCCAACUAAACACCUGCCUUUGCAAGUAGUGUUUGUUUGUGUGUGGGUGUGUAUAUGUAUGUGUGUAUAUCUGUUCCCAUAUUUGUACAUAUAGUGUGUGUGUCUAUUACUUCAGCUGAUAGACACACAUGGCCUCUUUUGGGAAGAGGAACUAUGGCGUUUUGGUUUGCAUGAGUUGUUUGUUCUCACCACAUUGCUAUUUUCACUGUGAAACGUACAAGAUGUGAUGUUAAGUUAUCUUUGUUUUCUUACACUUCAGCUGCAACUUUUUUUUCAAAUGAAUAAAUAAAUGAAUCUCACUUCCUUAACUUAGCCUAAAAUGGUUAAGAUACGCAAUAACUUACUAAUAUGUUCCAAUGCUAGUGGUCCAAGAUGAAAUCUUAACAAAAAGAAAUGCAUUAGUUUAUGUUAAGAUAAAUGUGGUAUCAAAAAUAGUAUUUGGUUUUCAAUUGGACAUGUUUUAUCCCUAUGAACAAAUAAGUAUGUUUCAAAAAAUAAAACAUUUGCAUCAA